GGGUCUGAAUUUGGCCCGUUCCCACUGAGAAACUUAGGUUUUGUUUCUGGACAUGGUCACAAUCACGCACCUUAAGUUUCCCUUCCCUUUAAUCAAUCAUUCAAUCUUCUUUACUCACACCCUUCCAUCAUUCAUUAGAAUCAUUUAGUACUCUCUAGUCUCAUCACAACUGACCAACUCAACUUGUGCUGAAAUCCAGUUCACCAAAUCAAUAAAUUAUGGUAAACUACCCAACAAGCAUCCCCAAAACUCCAGAACACAAACCCCACUAUCCUACUUAUAACAUUAUAAUAACUAACCAAGUUGUAGAUAGAGUAGCCGCCAAUAAUGAAAACAAUAAACUCUAAGAAACAAGUACAUUCAUCACAAGCCCCUCAAACACUCAAAAACCCAUAUAUAUUUAUGAUCACCAUUCACCACCUUCAACAUCACCAUUCAACCAUUGUUCACCAUAAUCAAACUCGAAUUAAACCACCUUCAGCAACAAUGGUUAACAUCCAAACCAAUACAUCUUACAUCUUCCCUCAAACACAAUCCACUGUUCUUCCUGAUCCCUCCAAAUUCUUCUCCUCAAACCUUCUCUCAAGUCCACUCCCCACAAACUCUUUCUUCCAAAACUUUGUCCUAAAAAAUGGUGACCAACAAGAAUACAUUCAUCCUUACCUCAUCAAAUCCUCCAACUCUUCCCUCUCUCUCUCAUACCCUUCUCGCCAAGCCAGUUCAGCUGUCAUAUUCCAAGUCUUCAAUCCUGAUCUUACCAUUUCAGCCCCACAAGGUCCCAAACAAGGUCCCCCUGGUAAACACCUUAUCUCCUCCUACAGUGAUCUCAGUGUCACGUUGGAUUUCCCUUCUUCCAAUCUGAGCUUCUUCCUUGUUAGGGGAAGCCCCUAUUUGACUGUGUCUGUGACUCAACCAACUCCUCUUUCAAUUACCACCAUCCAUUCCAUUCUCUCAUUCUCUUCAAAUGACUCCAACACCAAGUACACCUUUCAGUUCAACAAUGGUCAAACAUGGCUUCUUUAUGCUACCUCCCCCAUCAAGUUGAACCACACCCUUUCUGAGAUAACUUCUAAUGCAUUUUCUGGCAUAAUCCGGAUAGCUUUGUUGCCGGAUUCGGAUUCGAAACACGAGGCUGUUCUUGACAAGUAUAGUUCUUGUUACCCCGUGUCAGGUAAAGCUGUGUUCAGAGAACCUUUCUGUGUGGAAUAUAACUGGGAGAAGAAAGAUUCAGGGGAUUUGCUACUCUUGGCUCACCCUCUCCAUGUUCAGCUUCUUCGUAAUGGAGACAAUGAUGUCAAAAUUCUUGAAGAUUUAAAGUAUAAAAGCAUUGAUGGGGAUCUUGUUGGUGUUGUCGGGGAUUCAUGGGUUUUGAAAACAGAUCCUUUGUUUGUAACAUGGCAUUCAAUCAAGGGAAUCAAAGAAGAAUCCCAUGAUGAGAUUGUCUCAGCCCUUUCUAAAGAUGUUGAGAGCCUAGAUUCAUCAUCAAUAACUACAACAGAGUCAUAUUUUUAUGGGAAGUUGAUUGCAAGGGCUGCAAGGUUGGUAUUGAUUGCUGAGGAGUUGAACUACCCUGAUGUGAUUCCAAAGGUUAGGAAUUUUUUGAAAGAAACCAUUGAGCCAUGGUUGGAGGGAACUUUUAGUGGGAAUGGAUUCCUACAUGAUGAAAAAUGGGGUGGCAUUAUUACCCAAAAGGGGUCCACUGAUGCUGGUGGUGAUUUUGGAUUUGGAAUUUACAAUGAUCACCACUAUCAUUUGGGGUACUUCAUUUAUGGAAUUGCGGUGCUCACUAAGCUUGAUCCAGCAUGGGGUAGGAAGUACAAGCCUCAAGCCUAUUCUAUAGUGCAAGACUUCUUGAACUUGGACACAAAAUUAAACUCCAAUUACACACGUUUGAGGUGUUUUGACCCUUAUGUGCUUCACUCUUGGGCUGGAGGGUUAACUGAGUUCACAGAUGGAAGGAAUCAAGAGAGCACAAGUGAGGCUGUGAGUGCAUAUUAUUCUGCUGCUUUGAUGGGAUUAGCAUAUGGUGAUGUACCUCUUGUUGCACUUGGAUCAACACUCACAGCAUUGGAAAUUGAAGGGACUAAAAUGUGGUGGCAUGUGAAAGAGGGAGGUACUUUGUAUGAGAAAGAGUUUACACAAGAGAAUAGGGUGAUGGGUGUUCUAUGGUCUAACAAGAGGGACACUGGACUUUGGUUUGCUCCUGCUGAGUGGAAAGAGUGUAGGCUUGGCAUUCAGCUCUUACCAUUGGCUCCUAUUUCUGAAGCCAUUUUCUCCAAUGUUGACUUUGUAAAGGAGCUUGUGGAGUGGACUUUGCCUGCUUUGGAUAGGGAGGGUGGUGUUGGUGAAGGAUGGAAGGGGUUUGUGUAUGCCCUUGAAGGGGUUUAUGACAAUGAAAGUGCACUGCAGAAGAUAAGAAACCUGAAAGGUUUUGAUGGUGGAAACUCUUUGACCAAUCUCUUGUGGUGGAUUCAUAGCAGAAGUGAUGAAUAGAAUGGAUUUGGUUAUUGAACAUGACAACACUGCUGAUUUGGUUGUUAUUAUUAUUGCUACUAUUACUAUGCCAAUAAAAUCAUCAAAUAUGUCUUACAUCAUAAUAAAAAAAUUAUUACUAUGCCAAUAAGUCAAUGAUUUCGAUAUGUUAUAGAAGAAGAAAACUAUAAUAAAGUUACAACAAUAUCAUGAUCUAUAA